AUGUCUGAAACAAAACCUGCCGCCAACGACCUUUCCAACGUCCCCUCGGCUUCCGACUCCGACAAGGACAAUUCCUUGGACAAAGUCCAUUCCUUGGAAAAGACCGGUGUCCAUGAGGACAUCAACAAGUUGCCUUCUUCUGACUUGGAGCAGCUUGAAGAUGACGGCAGAGAGCCCACGCUCGAAGAAAUGAAGAAGUUGCGCCACAUCUCGGAAAAGAUCCCUCUUUCGUGCUGGCUCGUGGCCAUCGUGGAGUUGGCUGAGCGAUUCUCCUACUAUGGCCUUUCGACGCCUUUCCAGAACUACAUGCAAAAUUCGCCAGACGACAAGCCCAAGGGAGUGUUGCACUUGAAGAACUCGGGCGCCACCGCCUUGUCGUAUUUCUGGCAGUUCUGGUGUUACGUGACCCCGAUCUUCGGUGCUUGGAUUGCCGACACUUACACCGGCAAGUAUAACGCCAUCUGUAUCUUCUGCGGCAUCUACUUGGUCGGGAUCCUUAUUUUGUUCAUCACCUCCAUUCCCUCGGUUGCCUCCUACAAUACCUCUUUGGGUGGGUUCAUUGUGGCCAUCAUCAUCAUCGGCUUGGGCACCGGUGGAGUCAAGUCAAAUGUGUCGCCGUUGAUCGCUGACCAGAUCCCCAAAACGAAGCCUGUGAUCAAGGUGUUGAAGUCUGGAGAGAGGGUCAUCCAGGACCCCAACAUCACCAUCCAGAACGUGUUCAUGUUUUUUUAUCUUAUGAUCAACAUUGGCUCCCUCUCAGUCAUUGCAACCACUUCUUUGGAGCACCAUGUUGACUUCUGGGCCGGCUACUUGUUGCCCUUGUGUUUCUUCUGCAUUGCUCCUCUCGUGUUGCUCUUGGGCAGACCCUACUACGUUAAGGUGCCUGUGGGUGAACAGGUUAUUGCCAGAUCCUUCAGGUGCACCUACCUUGCAGUCAAGAACAAAUUCAACUUCGAUGCUGCCAGGCCUUCGCUUCACCCCGAGGCAGGAUACCCAUGGUCAGAAAAAUUCGUUGAAGAGGUCCGCAGGUCCGUUUACGCCUGUAAGGUGUUUGUGUUCUACCCAAUCUACUGGUUGGUGUAUGGUCAAAUGAUCAACAACUUCGUGUCCCAAGCCGGCCAGAUGGAGCUCCACGGAUUGCCCAACGAUAUUUUGCAGGCCAUCAACGCCAUUACCAUCAUCAUCUUCAUCCCCAUUUGCGAGAGAUUCGUGUAUCCGUUCAUCAGAAGAUUCACUCCCUUCAGAGCCAUCACCAAGAUCUUCUGGGGGUUUAUGUUCGCCUCCAGUGCCAUGGUCUACGCCGGUGUCUUGCAGCACUUUAUCUACCAGCAGGGACCCUGUUACGAAUUCCCCAAGGAGUGUGCUGAGGAGUUCAGGCAAGUGCCCAACAGAAUCCACAUUGCCAUCCAGACGCCGGCAUACUUCUUGAUCGGCAUGUCUGAGAUUUUGGCGUCCAUCACCGGCUUGGAGUACGCCUACACCAAGGCUCCCGUGUCGAUGAAGUCCUUCAUCAUGUCGCUUUUCCUUGUCACCAACGCCUUUGGUUCUGCCAUUGGUAUUGCACUUUCGCCCACCUCCAAAAACCCCAAGUUGGUUUGGACAUACACUGGUUUGGCUGUGUCUUGUUUCAUUGCUGGCUGUCUCUUCUACAUUAUCUUCCACCACUACAACGAUAAGGAGGACGAGUUGAACCAGUUGGACUAUAUGGAAGAGGACGAGGUGAGAUUGCAGCCCAUCACAUCGAUUACUGAGUCGUUGGCUGCUCGUUAG